UGGUGAAGUAAAUGAGAUUGCCUUAAAUUAUAACAACUCUUUAGCAUACGAUGCUAAAAAGAGGAAAGCUACUAUGACAAAAGGAAAUGGUCUAUCAUAUGAUAACCAAUCAUAUGAUAACGAAGACAUCUCGGCAAUAAUUUCUUCCAUGGCUUUAAACGACAUAUGGGACGAAUCCAAGACU